ACCUUUAAGAUUAGUUUAACAUGAAUUAGUUUCCUCACCUUUGUUUCAGAGCAGCCAUGCGCUGCCCGUCUCCGCCCCAGAGUCCGGUCCAGAAACAGUCCAAACAGGCCCAAAAGAAGAUCAGCGAGAUAGACCGGAAGCUCCGGGCGGUGAACUACCUCCUGUCUCCCGAACCUCAGGACCGAAGCUCCAGAAGCUCCAGAAGCUCCAGACGCUGCAACGACGACGUUCUCAUCGUGAGCUCUAACGACGACAGCGUCUUGAACCUUAACGACGACGACGUCGUGAUCGUGAGCUCCGAUUCGGGGCUCCAGGAUUCUCCGUACAGCUCGUUGGUCCGGGAGAUUCCCCUCAAGAUCCGCUGCAGAACAGACGUCCACAAGAUCCAGGUUCAGUAGUCGACGCCGUUGAGUGAAGUGGUGACCCAGCUGUCCGUCAUCCUCAGCGUUCCUCCUCCUCGCCUCCUGCUGCUGAGGGAGGACGUGGAGCUUCCAACGCACGCCACCGUCGGCGAGCUCGGCCUCGGCAUCGCUGACAUCAUCGAGUGUGUGGUGAUGGCCCCGUCCCCAGAGGUGGGGGAGACCCAGAGGGACGACAGCAGGAUGAUGAUGAUGAUGAUGAUGAUGAUAGUAGUUGUGUGUGUGUGUGUGUGUGUGUGUGUGUGUGUGUGUGUGUGUGUGUUGUGUAGAGUGUGUGGUGAUGGCCCCGUCCCCAGAGGUGGGGGAGACCCAGAGGGACGACAGCAGGAUGAUGAUGAUGAUGAUGAUGAUGAUGAUAGUAGUUG